AUGCAUAUUAUUCUUAGGACUUAAUAAUAAUAUUAAGUCCUUUAUUUAAACUAUUAGAGAUAACAAAGAGUUUUGUCACUACUGAAAGAUUAAAUCCAACUCACAAAUAAUAUACUAAACUCUUUAAUUACUACUACAAGGGCAUACUUAAACGACGAGGGGAAUAUCUUAAAAGAAAGAUUAAUAGGUUAAUUAAAAAGUUAUAAGCAAACCUUAAAAAGGGAUAUAAAAAAUCAGGAUAGAAUUAAUAAAAGAAUAAUAAUAAAGCAAGAAUCCUAAAAAAAAAUAAAUUUUAACGAAAAAUAUGAGAAUUAUUUUAAAAUUUGUGGAAAACGCCCUUUAAGGCAAAAACUGGAGCUAAAAUUCAUUUUAAUAAGAAUCACAAAAAGAAGGAAUUAAAUAUAACUGUUACAAUUGAAAAUAUAGAUUUGCUCUAAAAAUAAUUUGAAAUACAUAAAAUAAAUUCAGCUUAUGUUAAAAAAAGGAAAUAUAAAAGGAUUUUCAAUUGAAAUAUUUAACUUUGGAUUACAGUCAAUAUCAAAACAAGGGCUGUAAAGGAGAAGAAUUCUUAGAAUUGAAUUUAUUCACACUUAAUGUUUCUUUACUCCUUCUUAUUCCCUUAUUGGGCUGAAGCUUCAUCGACGCACGGCUCAAAGGUUACUUAGCCUAUAUUUCUAAUUUAGGUUUCCACCCUGUAUCUCUAAAGGCUUCAGUUUACUUCUUCUUUUUGUUCAUGUAUUUAAUUUAUCCUUUUUAUUUUUUGCUAUUUAUAUUCCCCCCUAUCUUUUUCGAUUUUCAGAAUUCCUACUUUUCCUCUAAACCCUUCCUAAAAAGAUACCUCUUGAGAGUCCAGAGAAUGUCUUUAACUCUCCUUCCAACACCACACUCAAUUCACACAGGUAAUUCAAGGCACAAUAAAGUUAUCAAAAAGUUCAUAGAAGAUUGGCCUUUUAUUGA